AACCGUGAUGCUGCUACAAAAAGGCUUUGCGCCACAUAUCGAGAAAAUGGAGCAUUGUUAUGGAAUAUAACACAAAGACUGCCUCAUGCCAUGCCAUCCAAUAUUACAACCAACCCAUAAUCUAUCAGCAGAGCAAAUCCUCAUCCGUACGUCGAUCAUCGUCAUCGAUGUCGAGUCGCCAGAAGAUGAUACACAAGUCGAUAGCCGAUAACGAUAAACGAUGCCACAGCUAUUAUCAGUAUGAUGACGAUAGUGAGGACAAUGACUAUGAUGAUGGUGACCCCGAUGAAGAAGAAGAAGCAGCAAUAGCAGCAGCAGCAGAGCCAGAAGAUGAAAAUGAACCAGAGUUGCCACCCAUUUUAUAUCAGAAACAACGCUGUCAUCACUAUCAUGGUCGACCCUACAAGUAUAAUGCCAUUGAGGAGUGUUGUCGCCCGAUUUUCCAAGAUCAGCAUUUCGAUACCAUAGCCGAAAUGUUGUAAACUCAAAACUAAAUCCGAAAGGAAUAGCAAACAGAAGAAUUAGAAAACGCAAGGUACCUACGAACUAAGUAAAUGUAAAAGUAACUAAACCAGAACCGAUAGAAAACGCAAUGAAAAA